AUGAAGUCCUUUGACAUUGAAAAGCCCAUGGAUGCCGCCAAAGAGAGAGUUCUGCCGAGGGCCAGCGUGGUCUUCGGCAUCAGCUUGUGCACUGCCUCGCUGGCAUUCAUGGCUUUAGGGCCAGAUUCAGCGGGGCUCUCGGGACUGUUGCUAGCUUUCAAAACAGGACAAAGUUCUUCUCCCGCACCGCUCCUCGGCGACGGCACUGCAGUGGAUUGGUGGUUUGCCUUCAAGCCUACCACGGAUGCGUUUCCAAAGUGCUCCAGUAGUAUAACCUGCAUGUUCGGCGGCAGCAAGGAGUCGUACAAUGGCUGGGGUUUGCAGUACAUCCUUUCCCAUGGUAGCAAGGGCGCAACGUCUGCAAUGCAGCUUCACACCGACUGCUUGGGAAAUGGGGAGGACCCGGUAGCAAAGACCUUUGAACAGGUCUAUUCUGGCGGAGCCGCAAACUAUGUCAUAUGGAACGACCAGUUCUACGACGACCCAGUGCUCAACAUCCAGCCACCGUGUGUCAAAUAUUGUGCAGGUCCGUGGGGCCACAGCAAGGGGGUCAUGGCUUGGGGUGAGGAUGGCACGGGCUUUGUGAUGCAGGUGACCACGCCUGAUUGGCCAGGGUCUGGCUCUCCCAAAAAGCCGCGCAGCAAGCAGGGCAACACUUUGGGAUGUGUCAACGAUGACAACAUCAAAGUUGCACAGCACUUCUUCGCAUUGCGCCUGGCGACAUCGGAUGACACGAAGACGGUUCUACAGGCACUGCAGCGGGCCUCGGUUGCAACAGACCCAAGCAACGACCAGCUGGUUAAGCUCACAAGCGGUCCGGCCGAGCUGUCCAGCUUGGCCAAGCAACUGGGCAGGCAGGUCUUGGAUAAUCUCACGCCGUUCUCCGGGACCCUCAGCGUCAAGACCACCAGUCAGGUGCGACUGCUUGCGAAGCCGUCUGGGCUACAUGUGCCACCCUGGCACAUGGUCUCCUCCAUGCUGGGGUCCCCGUUGCGCACGGCCUCCUGGUGGGGGAAGCCUGAGAUCAACUCCACGAAGGAUGGCUUUGUCCCAGGUUGCUGGAAUAAGAACCUUAAAUCUCCAAAGGAAGUGCAGGUGGCACUCAGCGGCCAGUGGGAAGGUACAACCUUCAGUCUCGAAGGACGUCCAACUACUGAUGGCAAUCAUGCGAAGCUUGGACACAGCCUUUCAGGGUCCAAGCUGACUGUUCUGGCAGACAUGAACCAGGAAGGAAGCUUGAAUGGAAACGCUGGCGGUGAAGACAGCUGUGAGAUUUCCCAGAACGGUCGUGGCGGCCUCUUCUUCGUGGUAGAAGAUGAAGUGCUCCACAGCGGGCUGUCGGAGCUGCUCAAGGGCUCCACUGCGGCCUAUGUCGGUGGAUCGCCGAGCCCAAGUCCGUCUCCAUCCCCGUCUCCGUCUCCGUCUCCGUCCUGCGGUGGCAAAGGCAAGUCCUGGGGCUCCUGUCGCCAAAGCGGUUGCACGUACGUGCACAAGGAGGAUGCGAAAGCUUGUGGCGUCCCAGGCUAUGGGUGCUACCCGAGUGCCAGCCUUUCGGCCACCUGCCCCAAGGCAAUGUUGGCGUGA